CGUCACAAUGGCUAGCGAGGGAGAGAAGAUUGGAUAGAUGGUGUUCGUGAAUUGAAGCAGAUAUUGGUGCAGUAUGUGUGAUGAUCUAAAUCCUGACCACUUUUUUAGAAAUAGCUGCCUGUUGACAAGAAAUGAAAAUGGACGACUGGAUGCAGUGUCAAUGGUUCGAAUGGUAUCAUCAUUGAUAGGGUUAUUGGGAUCAUGCUCAAUUAUUUUGUCAGCUAUUUUAAGGAGAAGAGUUUGCAGUAGGGAAAUUCACCCAAUUUUUAUGCUGUCUCUUGCUGACUGCCUUUUGUCUGGUUUGUGGAUAGCUGGAUCUUCUAUUUGGCUUAGUAAUCUUAGUGACAGAAACUUUGAUCGUGUAUAUUGCUAUCCAAUUACAUUACUGACUGGGAUGGUGGAAUGUGUGGCACUAAAUUUGACAUUGGUGUAUGGAUUGCUUGCUUACUAUAGGACAAAGAAUACAGAUACACAUAUUUUCCUGUUGCCAUCUAGUCAGAGACAAAGAGGAAUGAGCUUCAAAGCUGUGGCAUUUUUAUAUUUAAUAGCAUGGACAUUUCCAGUCAUUGUCAUGGCAACAGUGUUUGGUGUUACGGCUGGAAUAACUGGCUUUCUAUCAAUUACACAAUCAUGUUCAUGCUGGUGCAGACCUACAAUUAUAAACAUUUUACCUUUUGCUCAAUUCAAAGAUAAGGAGUCCAGUGAUUACAUGAAGCGUCAGUUAUAUUUUACAGUAUCAAUAGGAUGUGUCUUAGCUCUUCAGUACAUUGUUGUAUUUGUGCUUUUGGUGAUUUUAUAUGUAAAAACUUUGUCAAAAAUUGCAAGUUUAAAAAAAGAUUAUGAAUCUCGAAGUGAAGCAUACAAUUAUGGUGCUACUGCAAUAUUAGCUAGAGGACAGUCUAGAGCUGCAAAAAGAGUGAUGUUGUUUCUGACAGUGUUUGUAUUUAGUGGUUUCUUUAAUUUGUGCUGUGCUGUAAUGCUUCUUCUUUUGAUGCUUAAGCUCCAGAAUAAUUUUGAAAUGAAAAAAUGGAGUGAUGCAUAUAACUUUUUCUUAUUUGCUCAGUCACUGACUCUGCCACUGCAAGGAUUUUUAAAUGCUAUAGUUUAUGGGUGGACAAGAGAAGAUUUUGUUUCAACAAUGUCUUUUGCACUUCACAAUGAUCAACAAGAUGAAGCGUUUCGUGAAAAUGAUAAGGAAAGAUCAUUUACCAGUACAACAGAAAGUUGUACAUCACCAAGAGUCAGCAAAGAUAAUAAAUAACUGUCAUCAAUAAUAGUUGUACUUGUAAAUAUAAUGACUUCAAUCAUUGUGUGACAUUUGUGGUUGUUUAUACUGUGUACAAGUCAUACCAAUUAAAAAUACUAUCAACAGUGCUAUAAAAA